AUGGAAGCUGAGGAUGGAACUAGCAAUGGUGAUAACGGUGAACGGGCUGGGUUGGAUAGGAGGUCAGAUUCUCGAGAUGGAGAUGAUGGGGGGAGAAUUCAAGGUGGAAAUGAGGUCGCGGGAGGUGAAGAAAGUCAAGGCUUGAAGGAUGAAACUAUAAAUAAUGGGGUUGUGAUUGAAGUUAAAGAUGUUCAGGGUUUGAAUAAAGCUGUAGAUAAUAGGGUGGCAAUUAAAGGUGGGAAUGGUGUUGCUGAAGGUGAAGAAGUUCGGGGCUUGAAGCAGGAAGCUGUAAAUAAUUGGGUGACACAUGAAGGAGGAAAUGGUGUUGCUAAAAGGAAAGAAGUUUGGGGUUUGAAGAAUGCAACUGUAAAUAAUGGAAUGGUACUUGAGGGUGGAAAUGGUGUUGCUAAAGGUGAAGUUUGGGCCUUGAAGAAUGAUGUCAUGAAUAGCAGGGUUGUAAUUGCUGAUGGGAACGGUGUUUCUGAAUACGUUUUGGGCUCAAAGAAUGAAGUUAUAAAUAGUGGGGUGGCAAUUGCUGAUGCGAAUGGUGUUGCUUACAGUGGAGAAGGUCUGGGCUCAAAGAAUGAAGCUGUAAAUAAUGAGGUGGUAAUUGCAGAUGGGAGUGGUGUUACUAAAGGUGAAGAGGACCGCUUGAAGAAUGGAACUGUAGAUAAUGUAGUGGCAAUUGCAGAUGGAUUUGGUGUUGUUGAAGGGAACUCUGGUGCCAUUGAAUGUUUUCGAACUUAUAAGAGGCGAAAGCAUGCAAAAUCUACUUCAGAGUUUAAAGUCCAGGAGAACAGCAGGAAACAUAUGGAAGCUGCUGUGAAAAAACCAUGUGAUUUAGCUGUAGGCAAGACUUCAAAGGAUUAUUCACCUGACCAUUGGGGGAAUGUUGUACUAAAGCAUUUAUAUCAUUCAUUAGGCAAUGAUAAUGGUGGUAUGGAGUGGUGUAUUAGGGAAGCACUUAUGGUUCGUCCUAAAAUUAGUUGUGCCUCUACAAUGAUGGUUGGUCCUGCGGAAACUUUUAAAAUUGACAAUAAUGGUCAAGAACACUCUUCAGAAUUAGAGUGUUUGCUUUAUAGAUUACAGAGUGAAGCUAAUGGGCACAAAAAUGCUGUGCAUAAUGGAUUUUCUAGCGAGGCAGAUAGCCAUGGUGCAACUGAAAGGUGUCAGCAUGUGUUCCGCGAUAUCUUAGCCUCUGAGAAGUUCAGUUCAUUAUGUAAAAUACUGCUUGAAAAUUUCCAAGAAAUGAAACCCGAAACUGUAUUUGACUUUAGUGUGAUAAACUCAAGGAUGAAAGAGCAAGCUUAUGAACAUUCAUCUACACUUUUCUUAUCAGAUCUUCAGCAGGGAAAUGGAUGUGGCAAUAUAAGGUUUGCAAAAGAGAAAAAAAAAAGCAAAUGGUUAUGUGGAGUGGGGAGGGUGAUACAGGAAUCAUGCAGUGGAGCCAUAGCUGAGAGAGAGAAAAUUGGUAAACGUAGGGAGGUUUGGCAAAAGCUUCAAAAUACUGGCCAUCAGAUUGUUGCUGUAGCCAGGAGCCUCUCGAACAUGUCAAAAGCUUCUUUCUAUGAACAGUUGGGAAUUUCAGCGCACAGAUCAUUUGAAGAGGAAAAGCUAGUGGAAUCAAUCUCUCACAUGAAACCAGAGCAGACAGUAGAAUGUGUUACAUUUAAAGUUGGCACUUGCAAGCAUUGUGAAGACAAAGCAGAAGGGGCAGACUGUUUGGUUUGUGAUUCAUGUGAAGAGAUGUAUCAUCUGUCCUGUAUUGAGCCUGCUGUGAAAGAAAUACCCCGCAAAAGCUGGUUCUGUUCCAAUUGUACUGCUGGGGGAAUUGGAUGUCAACAUGAGAACUGUGUGGUGUGUGAACGUUUGAAUGUCCCAAAGGCACUGGACCACAUUGUUGGCCAGGAAAGUAUCCCUACAAUGGAUGAAAAACUGAAUGAGUUGAAGGAGAAUUCAAAUUGUACUUGUGAUGGGAUUCAGGUUUCCUCAGGUGGAUACACAUCUGACUGCAAAAUUUGUAAAAUGGUGGUGCGUCAUGGAAAAAUAAAAAUCUGUGGUCACUCAUUUUGCCCCAGUAAAUACUACCAUGUAAGGUGUCUGUCAAGUAAGCAGCUAAAGUCAUAUGGUCACUGUUGGUAUUGCCCUUCUUGUAUAUGCCAAGUCUGCCUCACUGACCAAGAUGAUGAUAAGAUUGUACUCUGUGAUGGCUGUGAUAAUGCAUACCAUAUCUACUGUAUGAAACCUCCUCUAAAUUCUAUCCCGAAAGGGAAAUGGUUCUGCAUAAAAUGUGAUGCAGGGAUACAAGCAAUACGCCAGGCAAGAAAGACUUAUGAGAGCAAAAAAGGGAAAAUUGGUCAGAAUGAUUCAAAGCCAAAUGAAGAUAUUGACAAGAAAUGGAACAAGAAGCGAGGACGGGAAUCCGACAAAGUUGGAGGAAUGGACAUGCUUAUAACUGCAGCAAAUACUCUGAAUUCUGAGGACAUUAAGCAAUCCAGGUUGAGUCAGAGAGAACAUUGA